CGUGCCCAAUGGUAUCGCUGGCUUCUAUUCGUACGCCAUUCGACCCAAUACUGGCCGGACGAUAUCGGGAGCCUGGUCUUUGCGAGGCUUUGUUGAGGAUACUACCAGCUCCGUUUGGAAGACGGGAGAAGCUACGGUGGCUCUUGGUGCUGUUUCGGUUGUCACGCCGAGAGCGCGUCUCGUCUCACCUGACCGGCCUGACUGACAGUCGGCUUGACCAGUCCUCCUUGCAUCAACCGCCCUCCCUGACCCACGCAUGUCUAGCCAAGCUUGUUCCGUUGUCUUGGAAUUUUCGAGACUCCUCGAUCCCAUCAGCGAGCAAGCUCCCGUUAUGGCCGCUGGGUCUGGGGUUUGCCUGUAACAGCGGUGUCAAUCAAAGUCAGCAGGCAAUUCCUUCUCGGCCGAUGAGAGAUUUUCUCCGAGAUAAUGUCAGCCACGGACUAUGCAAGUCAUCAUUGUGAUUCCCCAAUUCUCUCUGAGAUGGAAUGCCUGGUAGGUAACAAUCACAUCACCAAACUCAAGUAAUUCUUUAUCCUCGCGGCUUAGAUCUCCCUUCCUGGCGCCUUCGCCACGUAGCUGUGUUCCCCUCAUAUCCAACCUCACGAUACCACCUACCAGCACAACCCAACGCACUCUUACAA